AUGUGGUGGCAUAAGGAGAAACGCGUCAAAGAGACAAAUGUGUUGAGAUAUCCAGCUGAUUCAAAAGCUUGGGAGGAAUUUGACAAUAAGCAUAGUUGGUUUACUUCCGAUCCUCGUAAUGUUCUUCUCGGGUUAGCAUGUGAUGGUUUUAAUCCAUUUGGUAACAUGAGCAAUGCUUAUAGUAUGCGGCCUGUAACUAUUGUGCCUUACAAUUUGCCACCUUGGAUAUGUAUGAAGGAACCAUAUAUGUUUAUGUCAUUGCUUAUUCCUGGUCCUAAAUCACCUGGUAAUGACAUUGAUGUGUACCUGCGACCGUUGAUCGAUGAGUUGAAAGAAUUGUGGAUGGAUGGUGUGAUGACAUAUGAUGCCUAUAGCAAAUCUCACUUUAAUAUGCAUGCGGGGUUGAUUUGGACUAUACAUGAUUUUCCCGCCUAUGCGAUGACAUCCGGAUGGAUGACAAAAAGUUAUAUGGCAUGUCCAAAUUGUAACAAACACACAUGUUCCUGUUAUUUGAGUCAUGGAAAGAAGAUAUGUUACUUGGGAGCUCGUAUUUUUUUGUCAUCCGAACACGCUUAUAGGAAGCGUUAUAAGCAAUUUAAUGGUCAGAAGGAAGAAAGACAGCCACCAAAGCAGUUGACUGGUGAUGAUAUUCUAGAACAACUUAAUCUCAUACCCGAGGUUAGAUUCAGAAAAGGACCAAACAAUAAGAAGCGGACUCGUGUGAAGGAGGAACUUAAUUGGACAAAAAAGAGUAUAUUCUUUGAAUUGCCUUAUUGGAAAACGCUUUUGUUGCGGCACAACUUAGAUGUUAUGCACAUAGAGAAAAACAUAUGUGAUAACGUAUUGGGGACAUUAAUGAACAUUGAAGGAAAGACAAAAGAUACGUUCAAAAGUCGGAUGGAUUUAGAAGAAAUGGGUAUUAGAAAAGAACUUCAUCUUAGGCGUAAUGGUGAGAAAUUUGAGAUGCCACCUGCGCGUUACACAUUGUCAAAGGAUGAAAAAAGGCAAUUGUGUGAUUGGUUAAAGUCGCGUCUCCUCCCUCUAGCUAUACGGGGAUUGUUACCCAUUGAUAUUUGUAAUGCAAUAGCAGAGCUUGGUUUAUUCUUUAAGGAGAUGUGUUGUCGGACCCUUAAAAUGGAUGUCUUAGAGGCAUUAGAAAUGGACAUUGCUAUUAUAAUAUGCAAGUUAGAGAUGAUAUUUCCUCCAUCAUUUUUUGACAUAAUGGUGCACUUGGCUAUGCAUUUGCCACGUGAGGCUAUCAUCGCAGGACCUGCCCAAUAUCGGUGGAUGUAUCCCAUUGAAAGGUUUUUACAUACUCUUAAGUCUUAUGUGCGUAAUAAGGCACGUCCUGAAGGGUCUAUUGCCAAAGCUUAUGUGGAUAAUGAAUGUGUCACAUUUUGCUCAAGUGCACACAAGGCUGCACUUAAGCAAGAAAAUACGGUUAAUGUACAAUCCAGACACGCAAAAGAAUUUCCCAGACGGUUGGAAACACUAAUAAAGGAAAAGCGUUAUCAUAACAAGUCAACAAUUAAUGAUGACCUUUAUUCAUUAGCGUGUGGACCUGAAUCUCGGAUACAUCGAUAUUCUGGUUGCAUUGUAAACGGAGUUAGGUUCUAUACAAAGGAAAGGGAGAGAAAUCGAAGAACACAAAAUAGUGGUGUGUUAGUCAAAACAGAGGACCUUGAUUACUAUGGCGUCUUGAUAGAUAUCAUUGAGUUACAAUACGCUUUGAAAAAGCGGGUUGUCCUAUUUAAAUGCGAUUGGUUCAACACAAAGACUGGUAUUAAGAGUGAUACUUAUUUCAGAAGCGUAAACAUAGCCCGUAAAUGGUACAAAUAUGAGCCUUUUGUGUUGGCUAAUCAAGCUAAACAAGCCUUCUUCGUCAAAGACAGCAAAUUACGAGGGACGUGGGAGGUCAUUCAAGAUAUAACACAUAGAAGCUCCUAUGAUGUUCCUGAAAUGGAGGAUGAUAGCAAACUUACAGCUGAAAUGUGUACUGCAGCAUAUCAAGAGGAUGAACCAUGUAUUGUGGAUAGGGUUGUUGAGGCGACGGACUUUGACAUGGAUCCACUCCCUUUGAAUAGGGAUGGCUUGGAGGUUGAAAGUAUUGAUGCUGAAAUAAUUCUUAAAACUAGUCAAGAAUCACGUUAUGAAUUUGACUUUCUUGAAAACAAUGAUGAAAUCUCCAUUGAAGACAAUUCAGACGAGGAAGAAGAAUUGCUUAGUGAAGAUGAUACUGAUUUGGAUGACAUGUGA